CGCAGGCCGGAAAUGGACAGCCAGUACAAGUUCCAUGGGUCAAGUAAAGCUUGACCGAGGUGGAGUACAAGGUCCGCGACCGCUAUGGCAGCUGCUAUUGGUGCAACAGCACCAAGCACAAGACCUCUUUGUGCCAAGAUCAGGGCAAGGAGGAUCUGCGACCCCGCCUCAGCUCGGGAAACUGAACUCCGCGGAAGGUGAGGCGACUCCACCUUCUACUCCGCCAUAUUUGGCCGCCUUGCUAGCGGCCUCCUGCACAUCUGGGGAGAACGCGAAUGUCGCAAGUCCUCGAUACACUUACGAGGACUAUGCUGUCCACUUGGUUCCACCGCUGCACCAACCGCUCCACGUGCAACAAUCCAUCGCAUGCACGGUUUCAUCACCAUCGGCAACCGAUUCGGCACCUUCGCCGCAACCUAUCGCCGGGGAUUCGACGUCAUGGUCAAGACUUGAAGAGCUCGACCCAUUGACGUUCACGAACUUCCAAUGGAUGCCCGUUCCCUCGACCGGACGAUUGUUGAAACCGCAUUGGAAUGUGCUCAUGGCACAACUGCGGGACUACUUGCACACUGCAGUACCAGCUCCGUUGAUGGACGCCGGAGCAGAGGUUGUCGACCUUCACGCUUACAUCGAGAAGAUCGACCGCGAGUUCAAGACGCAACGGUACGACGACAUCGACGCACCAUUGCUAUACGUACGCAUUCAGAUUGGAGAGGCGACCUGCAGUGCCUUAAUCGAUUGCGGAGCAUCUCGCAACUACAUCAGCCAGGACUUCAUGCUGGAUCUCAAGUCAGGGUACCACCAACUCGAGAUUCGCAAGGAGGAUCGCUACAAGACUGCGUUCAAGACACGGUAUGGGCAUUUCGAAUGGCUGGUCAUGUCGUUUGGCCUUACGAAUGCCCCAGCCACUUUCCAAGCGGCUAUGACAACUGAGUUCCGACACAUGCUGGAUCGGUUUGUACUCAUCUACCUCGACGACAUCUUGGUGUAUAGUCGGAGUUUGGACGAGCAUGUGGAGCACCUGCGCACCGUUUUGGAGCGGCUACGACAAGCCAAGUACAAAGCAAACCGCGACAAGUGCGAGUUCGCACAGCAGGAGCUGGAGUACUUGGGACACUAUGUGACGCCGCAAGGCAUCCGUCCGCUCGCGGACAAGAUCGAGGCCCUACGAGUAUGGCCCGAGCCCACCAACACCACGGACGUUCRDUCAUUCAUGGGRYUGGCGGGCUACUAUCAGCGAUUCAUCACCGGAUACUCCAGGAUUGCUGCACCUAUGACGAGGKUACAGUCGCCAAAGGUGCCAUUCGUAUUCGAUGACGACGCACGCCGCUCAUUCCAAGCACUUAAGACGGCUAUGCUCAUGGCACCUGUCCUUAGCAUUUAUGACCCCACCCUGCCGACGCGAGUGACUACAGACGCUUCCGACUAUGGCAUUGGGGCAGUCUUGGAACAGCACGACGGCGACGACUGGCACCCUGUGGAGUAUUUCAKCCACAAAGUGCCUCCCAUCAACUCGCUUGAUGAUGCAAGGAAGAAGGAGCUGCUCGCAUUCGUGAUGGCUCUCAAGCGUUGGCGGCACUUCCUCCUUGGGCGUCGUAGGUUCACAUGGGUCCCAGACAACAAUCCAUUGACCUACUAUAAGACGCAGGACACGGUGACUAGUACGAUCGGACGAUGGAUGUACUUCAUCGACCAAUUUGACUUCACAUCGAAACAUGUCCCCGGCCUCUCCAAUCGCGCAGCAGAUGCACUCUCACGAAGACCUGAAAUUUGCGCUAUGACACAUCAUGCCUUCGCAUUCGACGAGGAGCUUCAGCGACACUUCAUCCGGGCAUAUCAGUUUGAUCCGGACUUCGGCACGCUCUAUGCACAACUAUCUUCGGAUUACCUGCCCGCCAGCCAUUACCGCAUUGCCGACGGGUACUUGCUACUCCACUCGAGAGGCAAGGACUUACUAUGUGUCCCACGCGACCGCCGUCUUCGGACUCGCCUCCUCGGCGAGUAUCGUGAUUCACGACUCGCCGGCCAUUUCGGAGUCAACCGCAUUGUUGCACGGCUUCGACAGCGAUUCCGAUGACCCGACCUCAUUACCGAUGUCACUCGGUAUUGCGACUCUUGCGAAGUUUGCCGACGCAGCAAGCCCCGCAA